UGGGUCUUCCUAACGUCCUCUUGAUUGUAGGAUCUCUAGUUCUGCUAGUUGCAAUAGCAGUCUCUGUUAUACUUUAUCAGUCCUUCCGAGUUGAUAUCGUCCUAUUGUAUCGGGAGAUAUUUCAGCCCUGCUCAGUCAAGGACGAUGGGAAGAUAUAUGAUGCAUAUGUUAUCUACCCCAGAAGCCACACCAAUGAAGCUAAUUUUGUGGAAUAUUUUGUUUAUCAAAUCAUGCCAGAUAUUCUAGAAAAUAAAUAUGGAUAUAAACUGUGUAUUUAUGGGAGAGAUAUAUAUCCUGGAGAAGAUACAGCCAGUGCAAUUGAGAAGAGGAUGCAGAAGAGCAGACGGCUGAUCAUCCUUCUAACACACCAGCUGACUAAUUGUGAAGAACCUGCAUAUGAUCAACACAUCGCUUUAUACAAUGCCCUCAUUCAAAAUGAUACAAAGGUGAUCCUGCUUGAAAUGGAGACCAUUGGAACUUAUGAGAAGCUUCAGGAAUCUCUUAGGUUUAUUAUUAAGCAGCAAGAUGAAAGUUCAGAAACUUGA